GCCUAAUUUCUUUCCUGCUCUGACGUCAUCCUCCUCUGGGCGACACGGGCGGCUCCCCAUCGACCGCACCCACCGCCGCCGGUCUUCACCCCCGCCGUCGCCGGAGCAGCUCGCCGGAAGUUCGACGAGCAGCGAGGAGGGCGGCGGCGGGACUGCUCUCUCACUCAUUUCCCUCCCUUCUUCCACCCACUCCACUCCUCCCUCUUCCUGGAGGUGGCCGGCGACCUGAUCCGCCGCUGGGAAGGCCGGAUCGGCGGGCUGACUGGCCGGAUCUAGGGGCUGGUCGCCGUCCGCCGCUCCUCCCUGCUGGCAUGGGCAGGUGGCCUUGUGGCCGCAACCAUGGUGGCUCGUGCGGCUAGCCCGUGGCGGUAGUGCCCGCGCUCGCGUGGCCAUGGCCGUGGCUGGCCGGCGACGUUGGCGCCCACGCACGCGGCCGGCCCGCUGCGGCGGCGGCGUGGCUCGCUUGUGCUUGUAGCGUGGUGCUUGGAUCGGGGGCGUUGGUGGAUCUGCGGCUGCCAGCGGUGCCUUCUGCAGGUGGUGGGUCAUGGUCGUGGGGCUGGGGGCCGGAUCUUGAGCCUCUCCGGCUAGAUUUAUCUCUCCGCCUCUCGUUUCGGCCUGUGGUGUGGGCAGGGCCGGCUGGCUCCGUGCGUUGCGGCGUGUGGUGGGAGGUCCUGCGACGAAAGCCAUGCUCGCUUGCAGGCGGACAGCGGUGACGCCCGCGGGCGCCACCCCUACCCUAUCGAGGGUGCCGUCUUUGGACCUCUCGCCCCAUGCGGGAACCCUCGCCUUGGCCUUCUUAGGUCUCUCGCUGGUGCUCGACCGGCGUUGGGGCUCUGAGGGUUGGGGCUGGUGGGUUGGUGCGUCGGUGGACGGCAGAAGGUGACAACACGCGAUGGCUUGGCGGGGUGACAUCGGCGUGGCUGACCUUUCAGCUUUCUUCUUGGUGCUGGCGAUCUACACUGCUCUGCUAGGUCUUCAGAGGAAACUUUGCUUGGUUUGUACCAGGCGGGCGGCGACGACUUUUCGACGUCGUUUCUCCUUCUUGAAGGUGCGGCCCAGAAGACCUGCAGUUUGUGUGUUCGUUCGUGUUGUGGAGGCUCUUCGUCGCUCCGCUUGGCUCAAUGGUGUCCGUGUUGUGGAGGCUCUUCGUCACUCCGCUUGGCUCGAUGGUGUCCGGGCCUUUGUCGCUUUAGGCGUCUGCUCGCUCCCGGAGUUCGACGUUGUGGAUCUUUGCUCGUGGUGAAGAAUCGGAGCUGCCUCGUGUGGGUGUGUUGAGGCUUGGCAACGAUGGCGCGCCGCGGUCUUAUUCCUUGCGUCGGUGUCUGAAUGUAAGCGUCGUCGAGUUGCUUUGGCAGUGUGCGGCUCGUCUUGGGAAGUCGGAGCUGCUCGUCUCUUGUGUUUGAGUUUGGCAACGAUGACUCUAGAUGUGUUUGUGUGUGGGGACUGUCAUUGUCUAAGUUGUUUGUUAGGUCGUUCGCCGGUUUUUCUACUGUGCGUUCUGUGUAGGUUUUAGGCCCGAUUUUCCAAAAAACUGGGUCAAUUCCAUUCUUCUUAAUUGAGAGGCAGAGCUCCUACCAUCACGUUAAAAAAAAUCGCGGUAGUUCUUUCUUCUUUUUUGAUGCUAUUGAUUACACUGAAUAGUUUAGUUUUCAUGAAAUUUUAUCAUAAUACCUGCACCCCUCCUCGCUCAACCAGAAAACACACACAAAAAAGAGGACAGAAAAAACCUAUCAUUAGAAGAAACAUGCUCCUGGAUAACUGUAAUGUGAACACCUUUCUCUUUACAAGUUAUUGUAUCAGAAUGACAUUUGACAAUUGACAGAUUUGAUUCCUUACAUUAUUUCUACCAUGAUUGUCGGCACCAUUAGCCUAAGACGUUAGAAUUUCAAAUAUUUGUCUAUGUCUGCCCUGAAUGUUAUCCUUGACAUGCCACUGAUUGUUUUGUGACUCUUCAGGAUGAUUCUACAUCCAAGUUGGAACUGGAAAGAAGAUAUGCAGAGGAAAACAAGAAGAUUCAGAAAGAGCUGGAUCUCCUCCGGAAAACAAAGGCGUCUCCUCGGGGCUUCUCUGCGUUUGUGCUGCUUGUCUUCUUGUUAUCCUCACUUCUUGGAUACCUGAUGUUCGGAAGCAGAGCUUAGCAAGUUAGCAGCUAAUGGCUGCACAUCAUUUGCGGCACCGGCAGCGGCACGGCUCUUUUAGUACAGUGUACAGAUAUAUACAUUAAUAGCGAAGUAGUCAGUACAUAACAGAUAUAUAGGGCUUUCUUGGGUUUCAAGUGUCCAUAGGAAUAUAUCUUCAGUUUUGAAAUAUGUGUGAGUAACCGUUCAUGUUUAUACUCUAUCAUCCAAAUAUAUGAUGUUUACUAUAUAAUAAAGCUAUAAAAGUGAGACAAAUCAGUGUUGGAGAAAGACAAAUUAUGGCCUUGAAACUCAUGGAGAAAGACAAAUUAUCACGUUAUUUAAGUUAACACGCCAAAUUUCCUCUACCUAAUAACAUUGCUAUUACUGUAGCUGUAUGCAGAAAGUAUAAACACCUAGGUGCUAGGCUGAGCCUCAUCGCCUAGCAUUUAAAAAAACAUUGAGUAUUUGCUGACUGAGGUAUACUUUGAGAGUUGGGCUUAGAUAUGUUACAGAUGAUGCUAAUAUAUGACUUUCUUUGAGGGGUCCUCGUAAACCAAUCGGGCAUUGCCCCAACUAUCCUUGAUUUUAUUUGUCUGUUCUGCUGUAGCCAUGUAUCCAUUGUUGUCGUUGAGUACCUUUGCCACGGUUUAGUUAGUUAUCUCACUGCGAGUUGUCCUCCAUCUUGAACUGUCGUUACUCACAUGUGAUGUUGUAUCAUAUUUUUCUUCAUCUAUCGCUUUCGAUCCUUGUAAAUUAUUGGUUCCAUUAAAGGCUCUUUGCAUUGGGGCAUUCAUUUGGUAGUCAUGUAUUUAGUUCAAAUUUAUAUUAAGUUCCAGUACGUUCUGGUUGAAUACCCCAUCUUAACUCUACAUGUUUAAUGAUUUUUAUUUCCUUUUUUGCUGGUCUGAUUCUAUGUUUGCCCCCAUUGCUGCUUCCUAAACCUGCAAUAUUCAUUUCAGCCUUUAAUUGGCACUCAAAGUUCAAGAUAGCUUGCUGUAGACCAUCGGCUGCACAGAUGAUUGAUGAUGAGGUCAACUUUGGUAAUAUCUUUGAUGCCUCAGAAGAAGUUCAGGUUACUGCAAAGUUUGGUCCCAAGCAACGGCCCAAAACCCGAAAAACAGCUCUAUCAUCCAGAUCUGCAGCGCCUAAUCCUACUGAAGAAACCGGAGAUAGGAAAGUAGGAACCUUCAGUCAAGUCAAUUCUUCUAAAGAGCUUACCAGCCAAGAAAGGACAUCCUUGAUGUGCCCUAGUACUGAGUCAGUUGAUAUUAUCGCUGGUUCUCAUAGUAUUCUCGAUACACCAUUGGAAGAUGCAUUGACAGUUCCCCAGGGUUCUCUGUCUGGUGCUUCUGCUGCAGAUAGGACUUCUCAAUAUGGUGAGCACAAUGAUGAUCCUUCUAAGUUAGCUACACACCAAGAAAACUUGGUGGUUUCAGAUAUCAACGUCCCACCUAACAGUUCAUGUAGCAAGGCUAUUGAUGAUAUAGUUGAAUUUGGGGACAUGUGUGAUGUGCAAAUUGAAGAGGAAAGAGUUACAAAGUUCCAACCAAAGGUGCAAACGAAGCUCCUUAAGGAAAUAGCCAAAUCUCGGAAGACUAACCAAAAGGUGGAAACUUCCACUGUAGAUGUGGUUACACAAAAUGGAAAGGGCAAUAAUAUUCAGACAAGGCUCCAUGGCGAUCCGGUACAGGAUCCUAAAAGUCAUGAAAGUGUGCAGAUCCCAGAUUCUGAAGGAUUAUUAGCAACUGAUAAUAGUAAAGGUUGCAAUUUAGCUAACCUCAACAAUCUCCUUGAGGAGUCAGUCCAAGAGGAAACAAUAGCUAAGUUUCGUUCUGAUUUGCAACCAAAUCUCGGGAAGGCUUCAUCCCAGGUUGCUGCGAUUAAAAUUAAUGUUGUUGCUGUUGCUCCAAUAGUUGGAGUUUGUGACAGCAACAAUGACAUGUACAAAGAACCUAAAGAUCAAGAAACCAUCACUGGUCCAGUGGCUUGGUCACCACAGGCUGUGCAUGCUGAUGUUGAUUUAGACAAUCACAAUGAACCAAUUAAUCCUCCUAUUGAUGGUACUCAAUCAAUGUUUGGCGAAGUCCCAGGUACAGCUUUUACAGGAAGAGAAAAGGGAAAAUCAAAAUCUGUAUCUUUUGCUCUAUCGGAUGUUUCUGGGAUAGCUAGCCCUAUAGAUACCAAUUCUGAGAUGGGUAACAUCGGCGAUUCCUGUAGUGACAAAUUGACUGAUGAAAAUUUAAGUAACUCAUCUCGUCAUAUCGCUGAAAAGCAUUCUAUUACCAAGGACCAAUAUUCAAAUGAGCAGGACCAUGAGCGGGAGCCACUAGAUCAUGCUGUUCAACAGCAACCAAAAUCGGAUGUUGGAGAAAGAGCAUCAUCUAUGAAACGACGUUGCAGGAAAAAGGUGCAAAAAGUUGGGACACCUAAUCACACUGUUGAUGAUUAUUUUGGUGAAGACUGUGUCGAACCUUCAUUAGCUGAAGAAGAUAACGAUACUGGUGAUCAUUACACUACUGGUAAUAAGCAUAAGGCUAGGAAAAAGUCAAGGGGUGGUGUAGAAGAGUCACAGCAGCAGAAAGCUCAAAAAAAUAAAAGCAAGGUGUCUUCACGGGGCCGCAAACGGACCUUGAAGGAUGAAUCGACAGAGAAGCCUGAGAAGAAGCUAACCCACAGAAUACGUCAGAGGAUACCAAAAGAGGUUAAGGCUUUACUGGAAACACCUCGUGAGCAGAUAAAACCCAUGAAGCUUUGUGCAUCACAUCUCAGGUUGUUACAAGAAGCUAGAGAGCGUGUUGAUCCAAAAGGGAUUCCAUCCGGGCCAUCCUCUAAUACAAGAAACUUUCAACUAGAUGAUAUGGAUGAUUUGGGCUACAGAGAUGAGGAAGCUAGGUUCUUUGACAACGAUAUAACAGAGGAGCAUGUACAAAAUGCAACAAAAUUGAACUACCAUUCCUACAUGAACAAACCAGCCCGGGGAAAAUGGUCAAAAUCAGAUACCGACUUGUUUUAUGAGGGUCUUCGACAAUUUGGUAUCGAUUUUGCAAUGAUACAACAAUUAUUCCCUGAUAAGACUCGCCAUCAGGUGCGGCAGAAAUUUAAAUCUGAGGAGAGAAAAAAUCCAUUGCUAGUCCAUGAUGCUAUAGUUCAUCGCUCAGGAGAUAAUUUGUAUUUCAAAAAGGUAAUUAAGCAGCUCAACAUUGAAGAUGUUGUGCUGCCAGAUAUUAAAAGUACACAAAAACAAGAUGGUGCAUCAAGUGAAAGAGGCCCUGGAAAUGAGAAUGUACUGGAUGAUUUAAACGAGGAGGAAAAUAGUUCAAAUUGGUUGAACGAAGAGCAUGACGUACAGAUGGCUGAUGUGGAAGAAGAGCAUGGCGAACAGAUGGAUGAUGUGGAAGAAGAGCGUGAUCUUGGAAAUGAUGGUGGUGAUGAUGAUCUUGGGGAUGUUUUUGAUUGGUACUAGUUUAUGUUAAACAUGGAUGCGAGCGUGAAUAUCUGAGUUGGUCUAGCUCUGCAUGACAGGGGGUAGUUUUUAGGAAAAAAAAAUUCUUUGCAUCCGGGAUACAAAGAAUCUCUUUUAGGGCUGAUUUGGUGACUAGGUAUCAUGAAGGGAUUGGAGGAGAUUGAGAGCCUCCAAUCCCUCAGUGAUCCCUUGUCACCAAAUGAACCCUUAUAGCCUCUAACAUCCACCACCUCGUGGUCCAUAUAAGGGCUUGUUCGGUUAUUCCUGUUCAUGUGGAUUAGAUGAGAUUGGAAAAAAAUAUGAAGGAUUUUAACUUAAACCCAUCCAAUCCACAUGGAUUGAGAGAAAAACGAACAAGCGCUAAAUAGAAGAAAAAUAAAUUACUAUUGGAUUAAGUUGUAAAUUUUGAUCUGUUUUUGUGGACCUUUAAGUGGUGUAUGUGAGUGGCUGUAAAAGAGUGUGUUUGCAUCUGGGAUAUACAGAUUUUUUACC